GCAAAAUUUCCUUCAGCAUAAUGGUGGUCAUGCGCCCAGACCUGAUCACUUUUUUGAAGCAAGAGCAGUUGAG